GCUCCACAGUAAGAAGAGCGGCUCAAGUUGGGAGUUCCCCUCAGCUUUAGAAUUUUUUAGAUGAGGUGAGGUGAAAGGGGUCUCUGCAAAUCGAUUCUUUCGAGUUUUAGAGAGAGAGGGAGGGAGAGGGAGAUGAUGUCGGACCUGGACAGGCAAAUAGAGCAGCUGAAGAAAUGCGAGCCUCUCCAGGAAUCCGAAGUGAAGGCUCUUUGCCUUAAAGCCAUGGAAAUCCUCGUCGAGGAGAGUAACGUUCAAAGGGUUGACGCACCAGUCACUAUAUGUGGUGACAUUCACGGGCAAUUCUAUGACAUGAAAGAGCUAUUCAAAGUCGGUGGUGAUUGUCCAAAGACAAAUUACUUAUUUCUGGGAGACUUUGUUGAUAGGGGAUUUUACUCUGUUGAGACAUUUCUGCUUCUUCUGGCCCUGAAGGUAAGGUAUCCAGAUCGCAUAACACUAAUAAGAGGUAAUCAUGAAAGCCGUCAGAUCACUCAGGUUUAUGGAUUCUAUGAUGAGUGCCUACGUAAAUAUGGCUCUGUUAAUGUGUGGAGAUAUUGCACAGAUAUAUUUGACUACUUAAGCUUGUCUGCUCUCAUUGAGAAUAGGAUAUUUAGUGUCCAUGGGGGUCUCUCACCUGCCAUAUCCACAUUGGACCAGAUUAGAACAAUCGACCGGAAGCAGGAGGUACCCCAUGAUGGUGCCAUGUGUGACCUUCUGUGGUCAGACCCCGAAGACAUUGUUGAGGGUUGGGGUUUAAGCCCCCGAGGUGCUGGUUUCCUCUUUGGUGGCAACGUUGUCACUUCUUUCAACCACUCAAAUAACAUUGAUUAUAUUUGCCGUGCACAUCAGUUGGUUAUGGAGGGAUUUAAGUGGAUGUUUAAUAAGCAGAUUGUUACAGUUUGGUCAGCUCCAAACUACUGUUACAGAUGUGGCAAUGUGGCAGCAAUUCUUGAGCUGGAUGAGAACCUGAACAACGAGUUCCGUGUGUUUGAAGCAGCUCCACAUGAAGCUAGAGGUGCUCCUUCCAAAAAACCUGCACCAGAUUACUUUCUCUAAGGACGCAUGUCUGGGAGGCGUCAAUUGCCAUUUAAUACACAGGUUAAUGUCAAAGAUAUAGUGAAAACCAUGCAUUGAAGAUGUUCUUGUGUUGGUUAACCAUGGAAUCACUGGGUUGGCACUGCAAGGAAUGACUCAUUGAAUGGUCAAUGAGAUUGGUAAUACGGUGUUAUUGAUCUGUUUCCAGUGCUGGAUUUGCUGGGUUCUCUAUUUUUUUUUUUCUUCCAUUUUUACUCUCUCCUCACCCCUACCCCCACCCCCACAUUUUUUUUUUUUUGGGUGUCAGCUUGUAAGAACAGAAUAUGAUGUAUCCCAUUAUAUCUCUGCACUUGAUAAAGAACUUGAAUACUCCCUAUUAUGGGAGCAAGAAAAUCAGGAUCUACCAGGAGAAAGUUUUGCUUCCUCUGGGGAUAUGUAUGGUGAGGAUUAAAUUGUACCGUUGAUUGACUUCCCAGAACUGUACCUUUUUUCUUUUCCUUUCUUACCAUCUAUUUUUGGAAGUACUCUCACUUGGGAACAGCUGAUUUUCGCUUAC